AUGCCCGAAGCUCCCACACAAUAUCUGAACCACUUGCGACCUAUAAUUGAAGGGUCUCGAUCACAAACUCGAUCUUCCUCUCCGGCCACUUCCAUCUUCUCACAAGCUACCAGUGUGGACGAUCUUGGAGAUAUGCCCACUAUAGAUAAGAUUAGACCGAUAUAUCACUCUCAUUCGAGUUUGGAAUCUGCAGGUUCAGACUGGACCAUGGGUCCAGAUGUCACUGAGACGGGUGGUGGGAUCAGUGGGCCUGGAUCGGGGGGUAUCAAGAAGGAGAAAGCACCUAAAAGAUUUCCAGAAGAAGAAGACGAGGACCUUUUGAGAGAAUCCGAAUCUCGUUUUGUUUUAUUUCCUAUCCGAUAUCGAGAGAUCUGGCAGGCAUAUAAAGCUAGUCAAGCUAGUUUCUGGACUGCAGAAGAGCUGGAUCUGGUUCAUGAUAUGCAUGAUUGGAACGAACGGUUGACAGAGAACGAACGAUUCUUUAUUCUUCGGAUAUUAGCUUUCUUCGCUGCUUCAGAUGGGAUUGUCGGAGAGAACAUUGUCGAGCAGUUCGCACUUGAAGUACAAAUUGCCGAAGCUAGAGCUUUUUACUCUUUCCAGUCGAUGAUGGAGCAAGUACACUCAGAGACGUAUAGUCUGUUGAUCGAGACAUAUGUUCGGGAUACUCAGGAGAAGGACUUUUUGUUCCGUGGCAUUGAGAACAUCCCCUGUAUCAGAAAGAAAGCCGAUUGGGCUUUGAAAUACAUCACACCCGAACUCCCUUUUCGUGUCAGACUCGUCGCCUUCGCAUGUGUAGAAGGCAUCUUCUUUUCCGGAUCAUUCGCCGCCAUCUUUUGGCUCAAGAAACGGGGCCUGAUGCCUGGGUUGACGUUCUCCAACGAACUCAUCAGUCGAGACGAGGGUACACACACCGACUUCGCUUGUCUUUUGUACGAUCAUCUUCAUCAUCGAUGUUCGACCGAGCAAGUACAUGACAUCGUAUCUGAAGCGGUGGUUAUAGAGAAAGAAUUUUUGGUUGAUGCUCUUCCCUCCCAUCUGAUCGGCAUAAAUGCUUCUUUGAUGUGUCAGUAUAUCGAGUUUGUAGCAGAUCGACUAGUCGAGUCAUUGGGAUGUCCAAAAAUAUACGGCGCUACGAACCCAUUCGACUGGAUGGAGCUCAUAUCAUUGCAAGGCAAAGCUAAUUUCUUUGAGUCUCGUGUCUCAUCAUAUCAGAAAGCGGGAGUUUCUCGAUCCGGUCGACCCGGCACGACAACCACCAGUACAGGAGCGGAUGGCACUGUUACCACCUCGGACUCGACCCAUAUGUCUGACAGAGUAUUUCGAGUAGAUGCCGAUUUUUAG